UGGCACAUACAAGUAUCAUGGUCAAUUUUGGUGUCCCUGAGGGAAUGGCAUUCGCUCCUCGAGAGACACUUGGUAGUAAGAUGCAGACCAAGCGGAGCUCCUGGACGCCACUAAACCACCACCUGUCCAACAGCCAUGUCUUUGAAGAGAGGAAAAAGCUUGUUGGCAAGUGGUUUGAUAAGUGGUCCGACAGCCAGAGGAAGCAGGUGUUACAGGACUUCUUUUCCCGUUGCUCCAUGGCCCAGAUGAAGUAUCUUAGACAGACUCUGUGCACUCAGGUGCCUGAGGACGUGCUGGACUUUACCAGUGUUCUGCCCAGGGUCAUAUCUCUCUAUAUCUUCUCAUUCCUCGACCCAAGAAGCCUCUGUAGAUGUGCACAGGUUAGCUGGAAUUGGAAGAGCAUGGUGGAGCUGGACCAAGUCUGGAUGCCAAAAUGCCUGAGACUGGGUUGGUGUAUAACAUUCACUCCUACACCAUUUGAGCAAGGUGUGUGGAAGAGGCACUACUUAGAGACAGUGCAGGGGCUUCAUGUAAGCCGACCCAAGACUCUCGAUAAGGAGGAAUUCAUAGUUCCUGAAGUGAAGGCGAUCAACAGUGAAGUUGAAGAGCCGACUCUGGAGAACGGGGAAUUGAGGCCCAGCGUCCUGAGUCAGCAUGGGCGGAGUUUACCUGGCCAUGCCUCAGUGACUUCAGCAAAAGGACUUCCACCGUGGAGAGACUCAGACAGACACCCCACUGACACAAUACGCUUUAACUACUUAGACAACCUCGACCCAAUCGAGCAUGCAAGACAAGUACAAGCAAGAAGCAGAGGGACUAAUCCCAACACAUCACAAGAAAGCACACAGAAGAAAGCCCUGUCUGCCUCAUCAUACAAACGGUGCAAGGCCAAGUCUAUGAUAUUCUCAUCGCUGGAGCUUAGUGCAGAUGGUAAGAGAAGGCAGAGCAGACCGCAGUGGGCAACGCAGAACGUUGUGCCAUUCUCCAGUAAAGACCCGGAAAAGAGGAUCAGUUCAAUCCAGUGGAAUGCUGGGAUACGGCCUGGUCCGGUAAGAAAUCCGGUACCCAGACUGACCGAGAAGACUCUCCGAGCUUCACUAAGAUCCCACAGGAGCACACCAACAGCAGCAGUUCUACUGGUUGAAGGACAGAGAGAUUUGGAGGACACAGGCCUGAGAUGAAGACUGGCACUUUCUCGCCAUCUGGUGGACAACAAUGAGAACUGCAGAAUUGUAUUGCUUUACGUCAGGAAUGUAAAUUUGUAGUUUUAUGUCAUAUACACAUAUUCAAAUUUAAGAAUUUACCCAGAUAUAAU